CGCAGCGCGGUGCGCCCUUGGUUGGAACAGGACUGGCUCAGGCGGUCGCCUGUGACCCCUGACCCGGGCGCUCAGAACAGUGGCCAAAGGUCAUACAUGUUUUCCGAACCCAUGAAGUUGAAAGAACUUGAGAAGCCAGCUGUCCAAGCGUGGAGCCCGGCCAGGCAGUACCCUGUGUAUCUGGCCACAGGAACAUCUGCUCAGCAACUAGAUGCCUCCUUUAGCACAAAUGCCACCCUGGAAAUAUUUGAGGUUGAUUUCAGGGACCCUUCUCUGGACUUGAAACACAAAGGAAUUCUUUCUGUCUCCAGCAGGUUUCACAAGCUAAUCUGGGGAAGCGCUGGCAGUGGGCUUCUGGAAAACUCCGGGGUUAUUGCUGGUGGAGGAGACAAUGGCAUGCUGACUCUAUACAAUGUGACCCACAUCCUUUCUUCAGGGAAGGAGCCCGUGAUUGCCCAGAAACAGAAACACACUGGAGCUGUCAGAGCCUUGGACUUUAAUCCUUUCCAGGGCAAUCUUCUGGCCUCAGGAGCCAGUGAUUCUGAGAUCUUCAUUUGGGAUUUGAACCACCUGACUGUCCCAAUGACACCUGGAUCCAAGUCACAGAACCCCCCAGAAGACAUUAAAGCAUUGUCUUGGAACCGCCAAGUCCAGCACAUUCUGUCUUCUGCUCACCCCAGCGGCAAGGCGGUUGUGUGGGAUCUCAGGAAGAAUGAGCCCAUCAUCAAAGUCAGCGACCACAGCAGCAGGAUGAACUGCUCAGGCCUGGCCUGGAACCCAGACAUAGCCACUCAGCUAGUGCUGUGCUCAGAAGAUGACCGUCUCCCAGUCAUUCAGCUGUGGGACCUGCGCUUUGCUUCGUCACCCCUGAAGGUGCUGGAGAGCCACAGCAGGGGCAUCUUGUCGAUGUCCUGGAGCCAGGCUGAUGCUGAACUGCUGCUUAGCACUGCCAAAGACAGCCAGAUUUUUUGCUGGAACCUGUCAAGCAGUGAGGUGGUCUACAAGCUGCCCACACAGAGCCGCUGGUGCUUUGACGUUCAGUGGUGCCCUCAGAGCCCUCCCGUGUUCUCUGCUGUCUCCUUCGAUGGCUGGAUCAGUUUGUACUCUGAUGGUAGGAGCUGGGAAGCCCAGCACAUGAGGCAGGCUGACGAGAUUUCCUCUUCCUUUAGCAAAGGUGAACCUCUCCCCCUGCAGGUGCCUGAGCAGGUGGCCCAAGCAUCACUCAUCCCUCCCUUGAAGAAGCCUCCCAAGUGGAUGAGAAGGCCAGCAGGCGUUUCAUUUGCUUUUGGGGGAAAGCUGGUUACUUUUGGCCUUCCCAGCAGCCCUGUCCAGCAGGUGACACAGCCUUGCCCCCACCCUGUCUUCAUCAGUCAAGUCAUCACAGAGUCAGAAGUCCUAACUCGGUCAGCUGUGCUGCAGGAGGCCUUGGGAUCCGGAAAUCUCCUUAAUUAUUGUCAGAGCAAGAUUCAGCAAAUGUCAUUGCCUUGCGAGAAGAUGCUCUGGCAGUUUCUGAAGGUGACCUUAGAGCACGAUUCCAGGCUCAAGUUCCUCGGGCUGUUAGGUUACAGCAGAGAUGAGCUUCAGAAGAAGGUGGACACUUGCCUGAAGAGCGACUCGAAAUCACAGGAAAGCCCUCAGCUUGAGGCGGUUGACCUCAAAAGCACCAGAGCACACAGCCCUUGCGCCCAGGUCUCCAAACACACUGCCAAGGAAGCCUCUGCACCCUCAGCCUUCUUUGAUGAGCUGAUCCCUCAGAACAUGACUCCCUGGGAGAUCCCCACCACAGAAGACACUGAUGGACUCCUGAGCCAGGCCCUGCUGCUCGGAGAACUGCGUUCUGCUGUGGAGCUGUGUUUGAGGGAGGAACGCUUUGCUGAUGCCAUCAUCCUGGCUCAGGCUGGGGAUGCAGAGCUGCUCAAGUGGACACAAGAACGCUACCUAGCCAAGAGGAGAACCAAAACCUCCUCGCUUCUAGCCUGUGUUGUAAAGAAGAACUGGAAGGACCUAGUAUGUGCCUGUAGCCUGAAGAACUGGAGAGAAGCGCUGGCCUUGCUACUGACAUAUUCAGGGCCAGAGAAGUUCCCUGAGCUUUGUGACAUGCUGGGAAUUCGCAUGGAGCAGGAAGAAGGCAGGGCACUCACCUCUGAAGCCAGACUCUGCUAUGUGUGCUCAGGGAGUGUGGAGCGGCUGGUAGAGAGCUGGGCAAAAGUCCAGCAAGCCUCGAGCCCCAUGGCUCUGCAGGAGCUAAUGGAGCAGGUGACAGUCCUCCGCAGGAGCCUGGAGCUCCUUCAGGGCUCUAAUAAGAUGAGCCCAGGUCCUGCCACAACACACAGGCUCACCCAGUAUGCCAGUCUCCUAGCAGCCCAGGGCAGCUUAGCCACUGCCAUGAGCUUCCUACCCAGCGACUGUACCCAGCCAGCAGUUCAGCAGCUGAGAGAUCGGCUUUUCCAUGCCCAAGGUUCUGCUGUCUUAGGCCAACAGGCUCCUGCUUUCCCUUUCCCCCGAGUUGCUGUAGGAGCUGCCCUCCACUCAAAAGAGACAUCAUCAAACAGAAUGGGGCUCCAGCCUCCUCGCCAGGUCCCAGCUCCAUCAGUGAGGCCAAGGACCACAGCUCAGCCAUCAUUAGUGAUGCCCUUCAGCCCCUCCCAGCCCAGCCCUUCUCUGGGCUCAAGUGACCACAGGUUCCCUGGGCCCCAGGCAACUCUGCCUGGGCAUUUUGUCCCUGGACUAAGGCCUGCUUUAUCUCAGCCACAGCUGUCCGGAGGACAAAGUGUUCCAGCUGUAAACCCAGCUGGAUUCUGUGGAGCAUGGCCUCUUCCUGGCCCCACUCCGGUCUUGGUGUCCCCAGACAUCAUGCAGCCUGGCUCUACCCACCUGCCGGAAACUCCUCGACUCCUCCCUCUGCCUCCUGCGGGACCACCAGGUCCCUACCCUCUGAGCUCCCAGAUCCCAGCCUCUUCUGUCACUUUCUCUGUGGCUCCCCCUCCUGGAGGUCCAGGAGCACCGUGUUCUAGUGCCCUCCCGAGCUCUGGCGUCUUGGCCACUUGUCCAGGACCCCAAGACGCCUGGAAAGUUGCUCCAGCCUCCCAGGGAAACCUCCAAAGGAAAAAGUUACCUGAGACAUUCAUGCCUCCAGCACCAAUUACAGCUCCGCUUAGGAGCCUUGGCCCUGAGCCACAACAGGCCCUGCUACCUCAGCCCCUAGUCUCCAGUGCGACCCUGCCUCCUCCAGGAGCCCCAAGAGAAUGCAGCCUACAGCAACUCCAGCCACUGCCUCCUAAGAAGGUGGAGAAGGAGCUGCCCCCAGAGCAUCGGUGUAUGAAGGACAGCUUUGAGGCACUCCUUCAGCGCUGUUCCCUGACCGCCACUGACCUUAAAACAAAAAGGAAGCUGGAGGAGGCAGCCCGCCGCCUGGAAUGUCUAUACGAGAAGCUUUUGGCAGGGACACUCUCGCCCCACGUCCUGGCUGGGCUCCAUGAAGUUGCCCGAUGUGUGGAUGCAGGAAACUUUGAGCAGGGCCUUGCGGUGCAUGCGCAGGUUGCGGGCUGCAGCAGCUUCAGUGAGGUAUCCAGCUUCAUGCCUAUCCUGAAGGCUGUCCUCACCAUCGCACACCAGCUGCAGAGCUAAGUCAGGACUCUCUUCUACCAGAAGGCUGCCUCCGCUGUUACUUAAGGUGUGGCAGAAAGGGGGACGUUUUUUUCAACAGAGUGUGUAUUUACCCCAGUCUUCUCCUUUGCUGCCAGGUGUGUGGUGCUGGGGGCUUGGCCCCACCCCAGCUGAGUGUCCUCUUCUCAUCCCUUUAUGCCUGGCCACCUGGGACUUACCCUGGGUGUUUCCACCUGAGAGGUGAUGCUCAGAGUUGAACCUUGCUCUCUCUAAUGUGACAGUCCAGCAGGGUCUGUGCCAGAGUGUCUUACAUGGGGCGUUCUGUUCAGAAGGCUUCCGCGAGUAAACAGUGUUAGUCA